AUGGCUCCACCUAGAAAGAGAAAAAAAUUGGUCAAUCAGAAUGUUAGGGAAAAAAAAAUUCUAAUAGAAAAGGAUGACAUACAAUAUAACAUAUCCACAAGAAUGCACCCAGAAUGGCACCUUCACAGUGAUGUGACCUCAAGAAAGAUUUUCACAAUAAUCGGGGCCAAAGAACAUCUUCAAAGGGACAGAAGAAGAAAACGUCGAGGACAUACCAGGAGGAGAAAGAAUCUUCAUAAAAAAAAUAAAGAGCGGAACAGAAUCUUAACCGUGCCGCGAAAGAGGGGUAUCUUUAUAAGGGGAAUUACACACGGGAGGACAUUUUCAGAAGGCUACAAAAAAGGCUAG